AAACUCAGUGUCACUGCUUGCGGCAACAGCGUCAUGAGUGUAUUGAAUUGGUGUCGAGGUUAACCAGACGGGUGACCUAUGAUGGCCUAUGUCGAUUGCUUACUGAUCUUGGUCAUUUUCGAGUGAAACGUUCCACGUCAUGAAAAUCGGAGUAUCAUUAUUUUUGGUGAUGUUAUUGGUCCCGUUAAAUGACAAUCGCCGGCUUUUGUGUGAUGCCAAACCAAAUGGAAGCAGUCUGAGGGCGUGUGGCGACAAACAAUUCUAUAACAGAGAUCACGAUAGGUGUAUGCCGUGUAGAUUUACUUGCAAAAUAAGCGAAGAAGCAUGCAUACGACAUAAUUGUCUUGACUACAUGAGGAGACAGUGCAAGCCGUUGGGAUAUUACGAAGGGUCCAUUGGAAGAUGCAGACCAUGCAGUGCACCAUGUAAAGUCAGCGGAGACUCGUGCAUUUGCAUACGGAGUCAACCCUCCUCCACCACUUCGGGCUCAGUUCGGACUCAGCGCAGUACUAAGGAAACCAGGCAUACGACACCAACUAUCCCCAACGUUCAAGUCAUAAGCAAGACAACUGUGAAUGAAAAUGAAUCCAUGCAGUUUCAAUGCGUCACCAGUGGAGGCUCCCCGGAACACAUCACGCGGUAUCAGUGGCUCUGGAAAAAAAUUGGUUCCACCGCAGAAGAAAUAAUACAGGAUACUCGGACCAGCACGCAGAAUGGGAAGAUCUUGGAAUAUGCACGUAUUCCGUACGAUAAGAGUGGAAUGUACACGUGCAAGGCUUGGAACAUUAGGGGAAUUGGACAGGCGUCGGUAAACCUCAGUGUACAAUACCCUCCUAGAUUACCACCCGGUUUAAAAUUGAAGUCCGACGUUGUGGGAGAAAAUGGGAAGGAGGCUACGUUUGAACUGUUAAUCACCGCCAACCCGAUACCAGCCAAUAAUGGUUACGUUUGGUCCAAGGUCAAAGACGGCAUCCCGCUGGCGAUCUCAUCGCGAGAAUAUGAAAUAUUUUCCGGGUCAACAUGGAGUAAGUUGAUCAUCAAAAACGUUAAAUCACAUGAUUAUACACACUACACGUGUUCUGUGAAAACCAACGGAUUUCAAGCGAAAAUCUUCAAGUUCAGGCUUAUAAAAGCAGCGGUGGAGAUAUCCGAAAUCACCGUCACUGGUCGAAGCCGGACGGACAACAGAGUCACCAUAAGCUGGAAACAAGUAAUCGGAACAUAUACUGUAGUAAAGGUCAAAUACUGCCAAACCGGCACAGAUUACUGCGAGAAUUACAUCGUACCAAACACCGAAGAUACCACCGCAACUUGGUUCGUUGAUCCAGAUAAAACGUAUUAUUAUUAUAUAAUAAUGGAAGAUGGUGAUAUUGUUGUCUACAUGAGCAACCGCCUUGUUGUUGUUGAUGACAGCGAUGACAGGGAAAGGAUGGUUGGUGUGUAUUUUAGUGUCGGCUUGAUUGGUGCAGUCAUGUUAACGACAACAGUCGUCAUUUUGGCUUUCGCUCCAUGGAAACAGCGACUGGACUUGAAACGAUCUAAAAAAACUAAUCAACCUGCAAAUGACAGCUGCAAUGACGAUGCUGCGAGAAAUCCAUUGACAUCAAUCAGGAAACGACCUGCUCAUACUUACGCCAACACUGACCCUGAUUUCGUUAAUGACGCAUCCCCUCACUCAAAACGACCUGCUCAUACUUACGCCAACACUGACCCUAAUUUCGUUAAUGACGCAUCCCCUCACUCAAAACGACCUGCUCAUACUUACGCCAACACUGACCCUGAUUUCGGUAAUGACGCGUCCACUCACUCAAAACACACAGCCGAUAAACAUCCCGCACAACCAAGGGUUAAAAGACUCCCCGUUACAGUUCGUUUUGAGAAGGAUCCAGAUGAACCUGCGUGCUCUGACAAUGCCAUGGACAUAGAUUCGUAUGACUACAUAGAUAAUAUGUGGCAGAGUGAUGCAUCAGACUCAGAUCAUAGCCCCGUUCCUGCUUGCCGGACAAGUCAGGCGACGUUGCUGCAGGAUGUCUCGGCACUGAUCCAAGUUCAGGUUCACCAGGCGGACCAACCGGAUCAGGUAAAAACCUCCUCUUACGAAAACAUGCAAAACUUAGGACAUAUUGAAUCAACGGAAUGGCAGAGAGACCAGGAGCAAGAAGGUACAUACAAUGACGUAAGAACCGUCGUCACACAAAGCCAGCCUCAACACAGCAUGGCCGAGAGCGGAAUCAGUCAAGCAACAAGGCAGCAGGAUACCUUAGGUCAACAGAGCUUCACUGCACGCCAGGCUUAUCAGACGGACAGAGAUGACGCUUCCUCGCAUGAAGGCAUGCGUGGGUUCCACCAUUAUGUCUCAUGCGAGGGGGAAAUGAAUCAGACUGCACAGGAGCCUGAAGAUAGUUACGACGACGUUAGAAUCGUGAGACAGGGACAGUCUGGUCAAAGCACGGCUGAGAGCGGUACAACCCCUGCUUGUUUAGCAAAAGAAUCUACACCAUGCAGCUCUAAUGAUGAUGUGGCUGAUGACGGUCGACAGUCACUAUAUGAGCAUCUACAACCAGUUUCCAAAAAUGAUUAUUUAGACUUCAAGGGGCUGAGUGCGGAAGAGCUGAGACCGCGAAUGUUAUUAAAGGUAAAACAUUCUUCCCCGGACUGUUUUUAGUAAUAAAACCUUAGGAAUAACCUCUCGACUCACGAUUAAACCGACUUCGAGCAAAGAACGUGGCAAGCUAAAAUCGGGAACAAGUUUUGUUAUUUCAUUAAAAUAUGCCAUCGUAAAAGAUGGGUGUACCCUGGCCGCUGUUAUUGGUAGCAACAUAAUUACACUAAGUCUGUAAGGAAUCGAUAUCAUUAUACUCAUUGACAAUAACAUUGUACUCCAUAAUCGAAAUCAGGGCCAUAACUCCUACGUCUAUUAUAGGGCUGGCCCUAACGAUGAAACUCUCACCAUUGUAAAGCCCGUAGCACACUAGCCGCCAACUUCGGCGUUCACAAGCGUUUUUUGCCGCAAGAGUCCUGAACGCCUGAAAAAUCAUUAGUCUGCUACGAACGGCGUCGGCGAACGCGACUUGCCCCCACUUGCGGCAACUAAACGCCAAAUAUCUAACAUGUUUGAUUUUUGUCGCGUGUCGCCGCGUUUGAACGCAAGAAGAAGCCAGGUGUGCUAGGGAUUGCCGCCUGAAUUGGCGCUGGCGGCGAGGCUAUGGCAAAUCAGUAUGCGUCUUGAUGUCACAUGAUUUCAAAAUGGCAGCCUAAAGUGGCGGAAAAGACGCUACUGGACGCCGAUUCUGGGCAGGUGUGCUCUGACUGGGAUCCACUGGCCGCCAACUUCGGCGUCGAGAGGCGUCAGCUGAACGCUUCUUGUCGCCAAAGUUGGCGGCUAGUGUGCUGCGGGCUUAACCAUCGCGUGCCGAACAUCCACUUGUCAACAAAAAUGAUACGGGAUCGAAUUAGUAAUUGAAGGUUUACCAAAAUCCGCUGAAUAUAACUGAAUUAUAUUUAAAGUAAUGAUUCAAGUGCAUAUGGAGUGUGAUGUACGUUUUCUAUGUCCGAAAUACGUGUAUGCUAAUUUACGCGGUGAUGGUGUCUCAAACAGGAAAUCAUUUCUAUCCGCAAAUCUGCGCAAGAGAGCUGAAACUUGUUACCUUCCUUAGAUCCUGCACUGUGAUGAAAUAGACGUGGGCUCGCUCUACCAGUUGUCUGCAUGUGGUCUAUAUAUUUAGAUAGAUGAUAUCAUCACGGCAAAGCCAGCACAGCAGGAAGCAAGAUAUCUCACUCCAAGAGCAAAGAUAGAUUUAGUAUAAAGACAACACCACAGCUUUCCCAAGCAGUCAAGGUAAUCAGGAUUAUAAACAAAACACAUCAGGAAAGACAUCGUUGAUGCUGAAAAGUUAUCUAGCGCUGAUAAGCCGCGAUGUGGACACAUAUUAUGUUAUUUACUGGUAUUAUCUUUGCCUAUCUUGUUUCUUUUUGGUUUCUCACUCAACUCAAAAUAGAUUUAUAGAUAAACGCAUAACUUGUAAAAGUUUUUUCAGCUAAAUAUAAUUUCACAACUCAUGGUCA